GUAACCAUUUGACUUUUAUAACCUUUCUUCACUUAUUCAGAAUUUCUGUCAUCAUCAUCUUAUAAACUCUAAAGAAAAUAUCAAAUAUUCUUCUUUCCUCUUUCUUGUGAUUCUGAUUUGCAGCAUAGAAAAGAUGAGAGAGAUAAUAAGUAUUCAUAUUGGACAAGCUGGAAUUCAAGUGGGAAAUUCAUGUUGGGAGCUUUAUUGUCUUGAACAUGGAAUUCAACCUGAUGGCUUGAUGCCUAGUGAUACCUCACCUGGCGUAGCGCGCGAUGCUUUCAACACGUUUUUCAGCGAGACAGGAUCGGGCAAGCAUGUGCCGAGGGCCUUAUUUGUUGAUCUUGAACCUACUGUUAUUGAUGAAGUAAGAACUGGUCUUUACAGACAACUCUUUCACCCUGAGCAAUUACUUUCUGGUAAGGAAGAUGCUGCUAAUAAUUUUGCAAGGGGGCAUUACACUGUUGGAAGAGAAAUCGUUGAACUAUGCCUCGAGCGUAUCAGAAAAUUAGCAGACAAUUGCACAGGAUUACAAGGAUUCUUUGUUUUCAAUGCUGUUGGUGGAGGUACUGGCUCGGGUUUGGGAUCACUACUUUUGGAAAGGUUGUCUGUAGAUUAUGGCAAAAAGUCUAAACUUGGCUUUACCAUCUAUCCUUCUCCUCAGGUAUCUACUGCAGUUGUUGAACCUUAUAACAGUGUUCUUUCCACUCAUUCUCUUCUUGAGCAUACCGAUGUGGUUGUACUUUUAGACAAUGAAGCAAUAUACGAUAUAUGCAAAAAAUCGUUAGAUAUAGAAAGGCCUACUUAUACUAACUUGAACCGUUUGAUUUCUCAAAUUAUCUCUUCGUUGACCACUUCCUUGAGAUUUGACGGUGCAAUCAAUGUUGACGUUACCGAGUUUCAGACUAACUUGGUUCCUUAUCCUCGUAUCCAUUUCAUGCUUUCGUCUUACGCGCCUGUAAUAUCUGCUGCGAAGGCCUACCAUGAGCAGAUAUCGGUUCCUGAGAUUACCAACGCAGUUUUUGAACCGUCGAGUAUGAUGGCUAAGUGUGAUCCUAGACACGGAAAGUACAUGGCGUGCUGCCUCAUGUAUCGUGGAGACGUUGUGCCUAAAGAUGUUAAUGCAGCUGUUUCAAAUAUCAAAACAAAGAGAACAGUUCAGUUUGUUGAUUGGUGUCCAACUGGUUUCAAGUGUGGUAUAAACUACCAGCCUCCGACAGUGGUACCGGGAGGUGAUCUUGCGAAGGUGAUGCGUGCUGUUUGUAUGAUAAGCAACAACACAGCUGUGGCCGAGGUUUUUGCUCGGAUCGAUCAUAAAUUUGAUCUCAUGUAUGCAAAGAGGGCCUUUGUACAUUGGUAUGUAGGUGAAGGAAUGGAAGAGGGUGAAUUUUCAGAAGCUAGAGAAGAUCUUGCUGCUCUUGAAAAAGAUUAUGAAGAAGUUGGAGCAGAAGGUGAAGUUGGUGAUGAUGAUGAUGUUGAUGACUACUGAAAGAUUUCAUCAAUCAUUCAUCAACUGUCUACACCUCCCUUCUUGUUUCUGUCUCUUGUAUUGUAUCUCUAGCUAUGUAUUAAGUAUUGUCAUUGUUCAAGAAUCUUUCUGUUGUGUGCUAGCUCUGUACUUUUGAAUGUUACAUGUUAAAAAAUGUUGAUACAACUUUUCUUAUCA